AUGACAGAACUAGCCCGUGAUAUGAUUUUGAAGUCUCAGCAGAUUGAGGUUCUUAUCGACAGUCUACCCGGUAUAGGCAUCAGCGAACAGGAACAGAUGGCUAGGGUUCGAAGUUUAGAGGAGGAAUUGAAACAGGUGAAUAAUGAAAAGGCCGACGUUCUCACAGAACGUGAGGAGUUAUUGAAAAAGUGUGACGAGUUGAUUUUGGAAGUUGCAAGGGAAAAAGUCAAUCUGGAAAAAUCCCAAAGUAUGCACAGUUGA